AUGGCAGGGUGGGCUCCUUACAUGGUGAUGAUCGGGCUGCAACUGGUGAUAGCCAUAGCAGAUAUUAUGAGCAAAGGAGCUUUGGAGAGAGGCAUGAGCUUCCAUGUCUUCAUUGUCUAUAGACUCAUUGUCUCCAUACUCCUCCUCUCUCCUUUUGCUUACUUUCUGGAUAGGAAGACGCGUCCAUCUCUGACAAGGCCAGUCUUUUUCAAAUUGUUCUUAUUGGCUUUAUGUGGGAUAACAGGGACGCAGCAUGCUUACUUUGCGGGCCUCAUGUACUCUUCUCCAACCGUAGUUGGUGCCAUGAAUAAUCUUUGCCCGGCCAUCACCUUCAUCCUCGCAAUAUUAUUUAGACAAUGGUUGUUGCCUCAGCUUGAAAGCAGUGCUCUGGCUGGGGGAGAGAGAUGGCUACUACUCAAGAUGGAAUGUGUAAACAUCAGAAUGCACAGAGGGCAAGCCAAGCUUUUGGGUACCUCGAUUUGCAUAGGAGGUGCUAUGCUCUUCACUUUUUACAAGGGUGACAAGUUUCCGCCCCUAAAAGUCCCUUCCACCAUUAACAUUCAUGGCACCAGUGGUGCAAAGUAUGCGAAACCAAACUGGGUUAAAGGUUCCUGCUUUGCAAUUGUUUCAACAUUAUGCUGGAGUGUGUUCUUGAUCCUUCAGGCUUCAAUUUACAAAGUUUAUCCGGCCACUCUUUCUAUGAAUGCGUGGAUUUCUUUCCUGGGUGUGUUACAAUCGGCAGUGGUUGCGGUGAUCUUCGAGAGGACCGCUUCACCAUGGAUGAUCGGCUGGGAUCUGGAGCUCUUGGCCUGUUUGUAUUAUGGGAUUUUGGUUUCGGCAAUUGGGUACUCUUUGAACGCUUGGUGCAUCUCCAAGAGAGGACCGGUGUUUGUUGCCCUGUUUUUUCCCCUUCAACUUAUCAUUGCUGCGAUUCUCAGCGCCUUUUUCCUCAAGGAACGCCUUCACUUGGGAAGUGUGAUUGGGGGAUGUCUCAUAAUUUUGGGGUUUUAUUGCGUUAUGUGGGGAAAGAGCAAAGACGAUAACAAUGAGAAAGCAGAAGACAAAAUUCCCAUCAAAGAUGAGGUGGAAAAAGCAAGCAAUUCAAGAGAAGUUGCUGCAACAUGAGACUCCAUUUAUUUCAAUGCAUAAGGUUUCAUGUGUGCGGUGUGGCAACGUCCCCUACUUGGCUAUCUCUUAGCUUUCCUUUCAUU